UGUUUUCCUACUUUAUGUUUCCAUUAUUUGCUCCGUCAGAUACACAAUGACGAACAAACAUAAAGCAUCGGUGCAGUUGAUAUCUUGGGGCGCUGGUAUUCAAGCUAUUAAAGUUCCAAAUCAAUCAGGAAUUUUGGGUGAUGUUGUUUUAGGAUUCGACGAUAUGGAGGGUUAUUUGAAGAACAGGUACAUAGGAAGCAUAAUCGGACGAGUGGUAAAUCGCAUUUCUUGUGCCAAAAUGAGGAUUGAAAAUAAGAUUUACUGUUUAUCUCCGAAUGAUGAAAAUGGCCUUGACCAUUUUAACGGUGGCUUCGUUGGAUUUGAUAAUGUUAAUUGGAAUUCUUACAUAAUGAAGAAGCAUGUGGUUAUGUCUCACGUAAGUCCAGCAAAAUGCGAAGGAUACCCAGGAGAUAUGUUAACGCAGAUUAAAUACUCUUGGACCGACGAUAAUCAACUUCUUAUGAAUAUUCGUGCUACUGCUACGCAACCAACCCCUGUUAACAUUGCUUCUAAUUGUUUGAUGAAUCUCGCUGGUCAUGUAAAGUUGCUAUUAACAUUACCUAUUAUAUUCUUCAACUCGUUCAAUUCUGUUUGCACAACAUUAUCCUAUUUUCUGCUUAUACAGCAUGGUUUUAAUUUCAUCAUGUUUAAGUCACUAUUUUAUUUAUUGAAUCCUUCUUUUCAGAAAGCUUCUCUGUAUUUGGCUGCUGGUUCACGUGAAUUGAAGAAACAUCUAAUUUCGUUGAACGCAGAUAGCUGGACACCUGCGGAUAUUAGGAACAAUUUGCCGACAGAUGCUAUAUAUCCAGUUGAUCGUACAGUGUUCGACCUACGUUUACCGACUCAGUUAACCAAGAGGCGGCUUUACAUCGUACCAGGGGGUGGUUACAAUCAAAAUCUCUGCGUAAAUAGUCCCAGCAGUUGGUCUUACCGAUUUCACGCUAGAAUAAUUCACCCUGGUUCAGGAAGAACUUUAGAAGUAUAUUCGAAUCAUCCAGGACUGCAAUUUUCCACCGGAAACGAUUUGCCAGACCCUGAUUGUAAUUAUCCACCUGACUUUGAGGAUUACUGCGAUUGCACGGAUAAUGAGCCGGAGAUAAAAGAGCAACAGAAAGAAAUUUGGGGGAAGGAUGGUGUGCGAUAUCAGAGGCACGGUGGGUUUAUUUUGUCACCACAAAACUACCCCGAUGCGGUCAAUAUAAGCAAUUUUCCUCCUUGCAUACUUUAUCCUGGCCAGGUUUACGCACACGAUGUAACAUAUAAGUUUGGUUUAUUGUCAGAAAAUUUAGACACGUCUACUUGAAUAUAUACUAAUAAAAAGUUCAAUCGUAUGAACCAACUUGUGAUAACAUCGCAUUGACGUAACAUCUCAUUUGCACUUUUCUUUCGGUUUAUAUAUAUCGCGAAAAUU